GUAGCUUUCUUGUCUUCUUCUAGCACUUUAUACUAUUUCUAUCUGACACUAUAACCUAUCAUCAUGUGUAUUGCGUUCUGGGUACUAAACGACGCGUCUGAUACGGAGCACUGCCCAGACCUGGUUUUGGCGUUCAACCGCGACGAAUACUUGGAGCGGCCAACGAAGGGGUUUCAUACCUGGGAAGCCCACCCAAACAUAUUUGCGCCCAAAGACCUGAAGCCAGUCGAUGAGUCCCACCGGGGUUCCUGGAUCGGGGUUAACCGGCAGGGACGGCUGGCGCUGCUAACCAAUUUCCGUGAGGCUGUGCCACAUCACGACGGCAAGAUCUCGCGCGGCGCGCUGGUCCGUGACUUCCUGCUUGAUAAGCCUGUUACACCAGGUGGCCAGGCAGCUAUCUUCGAUGAGCGCCAGCGGUACGAUGGCUUCAAUCUGGUGCUUAUGGACCUUGCGCCCGGUAGACGGCAGGCGGUGUAUGUGACUAAUCGCGGGGCUGCUGGUCAUGAUGGCCAGCCCGGUACGAUCACCAAUAUCGGAGAUGGUGAGGUCGUCGGUCUGUCAAACUCUACCAUCGACAAUCCAUGGCCCAAGCCGACGGAGAUCAGCGACCUGAUGCAGUGUGUGUUUGUGCCCAAGGUCAAUGGGCUCAAAUGGGCGGGCAACGAUAGCGCCACAGUGCUGGUUUCCCAUGAAGGUUACGGCACACGCACAACCGAUAUCAUACUGCUGCGCAGGAACAAGCUCACCGGCCCGGAGUCCUAGCGGCAUUGAGGUAUCGCACAUUGAGUUGCACGUGUAAUUUUUUGUAUUGCUGUUAAAAGCUAAUGGUAGAAUAUAAGG